AUGAAACAAUCACUUCUCUUGUUUUUGCUAGUCUUGAUGGCUGGCAUUUAUUUCAUUGCAAAUGUCAACGGUCAAGCACAAACUCUUCAAGCUCAAGUCAUGUCCAUCAAGAAAAAUCGUUCAUCACAUGGAGGUGCAGUCAAGAAAUUCAAUUCAAAGUUUAAGAAGGGAAGCAAAUGUAAACACAUUUACAAAUUAGUUGCCAAAAUUGGAAAUUGUAAAGAUGCAAAGUUAAAGAAGAAACUCGAAAAGAUUUUAAAGAAAUCAAUCAAAUUGAAGAUUAAGAAAUUGAAGAGUUUGAGAAGAUAUAUUAGAAAGGUCUUGAAAUAUUGUAAACAUUCCAAACAUCAUGACGCAAUCAAAAAGUUGAACAAUUUGAUCAAAAUUUUGAAAGAAAUUCGUAAAAAGAAUUGUCAUUAA